AUGGAUCGUACAUGGACGGUAGUUGGAGUCGGCGGCUCUCCUAGGGUUCCCUUAUCGGGGAUCCCUGGGGAAGAGGAUCAAGAGAGGAAAACGCACCAAAUAACCCAAUUCAGACAAUAUUCUCCAGUAAAGAAUUCGUGGAUACCCAAUCAAAAGCUCAAAAAUCUCUCUUACCUCCAAUUCAUCCCAAAUUCCCAAUCAAAAUAUUUUGUAACUAGGGUUCCUCUUCUCGGGUGCGUUUUCCCGGAAUCUUUGCUUGAUUGUCGCGGAAAACAUCAUCGCCCGAUUACAAAUUCAUUAUCAAUAAUUGCUUUGCGUCAUCUUCAUGUGUGGGCUUCCAUAAUUUCAGGUAUCAGGUAG